ACAUUUCAAAUAAACAAACAGAGCACGCACACACACACUCUCUCUCCGGAAUGGAGGGAAAAGGUAGCUCAGAGAUGCAGUAUACGGAGAUCGAAUCCUCCGCCGAUUGCUUCGAUAGCUCCAUACUCUUCAAUAUCAUCAACGAUGUCUCCGCCUUCGUCUUGUACAUGCACCAACAAGUCCCUUCAAUCCUACAGGAUAUGAGCAUUGAAUUUGACACUUUGCAUGAAGAAUAUAAAGAGCUGGGAAGUGAACUGGCACAAAAUGAACUAAAAGCAUCAUCACGACGAAAGCAUACUGGCAGAAUGAGGGAGGUCAGACAGGGAAUUAAGAGAAUGGAGAAGUUAAUGAAUUCAGUCUCUGGUUUUCAAGUUGCCAUCAAAUCGUUGAUUAGUGAGACACCUAACAUCCAGGAAGUCUUACUAAUUCUCGGAGCAACCCCACUACGACCUCAAUAUGUUUAUGAGAUGUGCUUUUCACAUAAAAAAGUUGUGGUGAGAGGUGCUGAUAACUUCGUCAAGCACAAAGCAGCAGAAGCUCUUUCAAGAAAGGCUAUUCGAACAUUAAUCUCAAAGGAUGCUGGGUCUGUCUCAUAUCCAGGCCCUACUAAGUUAUUUCUGUUGGUGAAGGCUCCUUCUUCUUUCAAUCUGCCCAUGCACUUCAUUCCAAAACGUGAAUUCCGAUACAGCAAAAAGAUAGUACCUUUCAAACUACGAUUUAAGUGCAAAUCCCAAAUCCAGCAGAUGAAUAAUCCUGGUCCUGAUCGUGAAUCUCAAGUUGGAACCUCUGAUGACUUAACCAACUCUUCAGUAGAAGAUUCAAUCUGGUUUCAAUGUCGACAUGCAAUCAAGGGGCUAGCAUUCAACAGACCUGAUGAAGAUUGAAAAUGUCGACUGUCAAUGACACAAUACAAGUAAAGACUAACCUGUAAACUUGCAAAUGAAUUGCUUCCAAUUAUUUUGUAGACAAAAAAUAUCCUUGACUGUGGAGAAUUUGGAUCUUGAUAUGCAGAUGAUUUGGAAUAGGAUUUAGAUCCUUUUAGCUAAUUUCAAUGGUGGAGAUUUAAGUAAAUUU